AUGCACAGAUUCGAUAUUCUUCUGCUUUCCACCCUUGCAUUGGGAGCUCAUGCCACGAGCCAUCCAUCUCUGCCAAUUGUUGAUUUGGGAUACCAAGUCCAUCGUGCCAUAUCAUACAAUGACACAAUCAAGGCCUACAACUUCACCAACAUCCCUUACGCUGAGCCACCGGUAGGAUCUCUACGCUGGAGAGCUCCCAUCCCACCCAAGGGCGUCAAAAAGACCAUACAGGAUGGCAGCAUUGGCAAAAUCUGCCCCCAAACUUCCCCUAACUGGACAAUCACCGCGAUACAGUUUGCAACUGCAUGGGCAACGAACCAGCUUUCGUCUUUCAACUACACCGAGGCUGAGAAAAUCGCCAACAGCACUCCUCAGACCACAGAUCCGCGAACUACAGAAGACUGUUUGGUCUUAGAUGUGAUUGUUCCCAAAGCUGUCUUGGAUAAAAAGAAGUCCCACGGUAAAAAAGCUCCUGUUCUAGUAUGGAUUUAUGGAGGAGGGUACGUAAGCGGAUCAAAGGAGUCGUGGGGCAGUCCCAAUCGUAUCAUCUCUGCUUCUCAAGAGGACGGAAGCGAUGGAAUUAUCUGGGUCGCCAUGAAUUACCGCCUCGGCGCGUUUGGCUUUCUUGCAGGACCUACGAUGCAAAAGGACGGCACAGCCAACGCAGGAUUGUACGAUCAGCGCCUUGCUCUGCAAUGGGUGCAGGAGAAUAUUGCCAAGUUCGGUGGAGACCCUGACAACGUCACUGUCAUGGGCGAAUCAGCUGGUGCAGGAUCCAUCAUGUUCCAUCUCCUUGCCCAGGGAGGCAAACAACCCCAAGAGAGCAGCUUUCAAAAGUUUCUGAAAAUCCUCAAUGUCAAGUCGUUGAAGGAAGCCAGACGACUGCCUUCGAGUGCCCUCAUCGCCGCCAAUGUCCAACAGAUUGGAGCUGAGCCGUAUAAUGAGUUUGCCUUUAGCCCUUCUGUUGACAAUGUCUACAUUCCUGGUCCACCUGCCAAGUUGCUGCUUGAAGGUGCAUUCGCCAAGGGCAUUCCGUUGUUGUCCUCUCAUACGAGCUUCGAGGGUACGUUAUUCACUGAUCCUCGGACUAUUGGAAAUGAAACGGCAUUGGCAAACAGACUUCAAACUAUUUAUCCGCUCAUGGAAGAAAAAGACCUCAACUACGUGCUCAACACUCUAUAUCCCGCCGUUUAUGAUGGCUCUCAUCCGUACGCAACUAGUGUUGACAGAAACAUCUUGAUGGCGAACGAGAUGUACUUUGCUACUGCCCACCAAGCCCUGCUUCAAACUACUAUCCAUCGUGGAACAGAAGUGCAUGCAUGGGAAUUUUCAGUGCCGCCGGCUAUCCAUGGAAGCGACAUUGCAUAUACAUUCUAUGACGGCGCUGCAGGUGUAGAUCCUCAUGUUGCUAGCAUCAUGCAGCAUGCUAUUGCUGGAUUCGCAAAGUGCGGAGAGCCUGAUGCCGGGCCGCUGGGAUUCGCAUUUCCUCGCUAUGGAAAGCAGGCGACGACGGUCAAUCUCAACAUUAAUUCCUCCGUCACUGUUUCCGACCCGACGUGGAAUAACAGAACUUUGUGGCUGGCGCAGACCUCGUGGAUUGGGUGA